AUGGCCCUGGCUGUUUUCGGAGUGUGCUUCUAUCUCUGCAAGGUCUGGAAAUCUGGAUAUUCCCGGGACUCUGGCCACACCACCCCGCCCUCUUUCCCUUGGUGCCAAAUGGGUGCCAGCACUCUGGUUGAUCAAAAAGGUGGUUGGGGCCUGCUAGAUCCUGUGGAACCCUCUGGGGGGUCGUGUCAGACUUGGCAGGAACCAGCCAAACCCGGGCCCCCCAGGGUGGCGGAGGAAGAGAAAUGGCCCCUGGUGAAAACCAGGACGAAAGACAAAUACCGAGUGGUGUACACGGACCACCAGCGACUGGAGCUGGAGAAGGAGUUUCACUACAGUCGCUACAUCACCAUCCGCAGGAAGGCCGAGCUGGCCGCCACGCUGGGGCUCUCUGAGAGGCAGGUGAAAAUCUGGUUUCAGAACCGCAGAGCGAAGGAAAGAAAGAUCAACAAGAAAAAGUUGCAGCAACAGCAGCAGCAGCAGCCGCCGCCGCCCCCAGCCCAGCCGCCGCCGCCGCCACCACCCCCCCAGCCUCAGCCGGGUCCCCUGAGAAGCGUCCCGGAGCCCUUGAGUCCCGUGUCUUCCCUGCAGGGCUCCGUGCCUGGCUCUGUCCCCGGGGUCCUGGGGCCGGCUGCGGGGGUGUUAAACCCCACUGUCACCCAGUGACCCCCGGUGGCCUGCAGCGACAGGGCCAUCCCAGGCUGAGCCAUGAGGAGCGUGGACUCUGCUGGACUCCUCAGAAAAGACCCCUCCCCUC